CAAAACACUUAAGCACAGAGGAUAAUUUAAAUUAAAGAGCAGGAUAUAUGAGUGGYGUUGUUACAGUAGUAGCCACAAAACUACUACAGUUAGUGGAAGUUGUGACUGAGGCUUAGGUACAUUUCUUUUAAAAUUUUCUUUCUGCCUUAAGCUCUGAAGACGAAGGUCACAGACUGCUUUUUCACUAGURUAACGAGGUGCAUUUUCAGUUGUAACGUAAAACAAAGCCCUCAUUAAAAGCAAUGGUAAGAACUCUGUUGAUCAACUAAGAAGAAAUGUGGGGAAGUAAGGUAAUGGAACUGACUAUUUUAUUUCAGCAGUGUGUUUUUCAUAUGUCUAGGCAAGGGUCCAAGACAGGAGAGGUAGGAAAAGGAUGGAAGCAGUGAGAAGUCUGCUGGCUAUUUUCAAAUCCUGCAGAAGUGGGAGGAGAAGAGAGAGCCCCAAGGAAGGAGCACUGCAUAGUUGGGAAGGAGGGACAAUUUCACUUAGCCUCGUUGAAUUCUUGAAAUAUUGCUUGGUUUUGCACUUUCUAUGUUGAGAGCUUUUUGGAGGACACCCCUUCUCCCCCAGAUCAGAGCAGGCAACUGCCCGUAGCACAGAACACGCGAGAGAACGCAGACACAGAGCAGAAAGAGGUACRUCUACUAUUCGAUCUGCUGAAGAUUACUGGCAGAGCGACCCUGAGGCCGUGUCUGAUGCUCAGACAAGUUAUGUGCUACCGGAAUUAAAUUAGGGGCUGUUAUGAUAGAGAUAGGUCCUUGACUAAAGAGCGGCUCAUGCUGUGUGGUUUGACCAAARCAUGACAUCUCAACAUCCCUCGAUGGUUUGCUUUUCAGGUACUCUAAGAUAAUACUAACCUCGAAACCUUGGGAAAAUAAUCGCAUGCCUUUUUUUUCUUCUCUUGCCAGAAUUGGAGACUGAGGUGUGCUGUGUAGAGCGGCUCAACUGAGGAGCAAUGGAGCAGUACACAGCAAAUAGUAACAGCUCCACAGAGCAGAUUGUUGUGCAGGCUGGGCAGAUUCAGCAACAGCAGCAGGGUGGUGUCACUGCUGUCCAGCUGCAGACUGAGGCCCAGGUGGCAUCCGCCUCAGGCCAGCAAGUCCAGACCCUCCAGGUAGUGCAGGGUCAGCCACUCAUGGUCCAAGUAAGCGGAGGUCAGCUGAUCACCUCGACUGGCCAGCCCAUCAUGGUGCAGGCUGUGCCGGGCGGGCAGGGCCAGACAAUCAUGCAAGUCCCCGUUUCGGGAACACAGGGACUGCAGCAGAUUCAGUUGGUCCAGCCAGGUCAGAUUCAGAUUCAAGGUGGGCAGGCUGUGCAGGUACAGGGGCAGCAGGGCCAGACCCAGCAGAUCAUUAUACAGCAGCCACAGACUGCAGUUACUGCUGGCCAGACACAGACACAGCAACAAAUAGCAGUUCAAGGGCAACAGGUAGCGCAAACAGCUGAAGGCCAGACCAUUGUCUAUCAGCCAGUUAAUGCUGAUGGAACCAUUCUUCAACAAGUUACAGUCCCUGUUACAGGCAUGAUCACCAUCCCAGCAGCCAGUUUGGCUGGAGCACAAAUUGUCCAGACGGGAGCCAACACCAAUACAACCAGCAGUGGACAAGGGACUGUGACAGUGACGCUACCAGUUGCUGGAAAUGUUGUCAAUUCAGGGGGAAUGGUUAUGAUGGUACCUGGAGCUGGGUCAGUACCAGCUAUCCAGAGAAUACCUCUGCCCGGAGCAGAAAUGCUGGAAGAAGAGCCACUCUAUGUAAAUGCCAAGCAGUAUCACCGGAUCCUAAAGAGGCGGCAGGCACGAGCUAAGCUUGAAGCCGAGGGAAAAAUUCCCAAAGAGAGAAGGAAAUACUUGCAUGAGUCUCGGCAUCGUCAUGCCAUGGCGAGGAAGCGGGGAGAAGGUGGACGUUUCUUCUCACCAAAGGAAAAAGAUAACACACACAUGCAGGAUCCAUCUCAGGCCAGUGAAGAAGCAAUGACACAGAUGAUUAGAGUUUCUUAACUGCUGCUUAAAGAAGAAAAUAACUGAAUAAAAUUCCUGUCCCUCCUACAAGUUUGUCCUACCUUACCAGUGCAUCAAGCAAGUCUUUUCAAUGGGACAAUCACCACAUCACAGCCUAUCCUUUUCUACAGAACAAACACCACUUUUUUUCAGUAUGUGGCUGAGAUUUUAAUURCAGUGGAUUCAACAAAUAGAAACUUACUGACUUCUCACUGGUAUACUCUUGGAUCUAGCGCAGGGAUUUCAAAGUCCAACUGCUCAUGCCUACGUGUUUGGKUUUUUUUUUUCUGUUGGUUGGGGUUUUGUUUGUUUUCUUUCAAAAAAAAACAUUUCUUGAUCUCUUGUAUUACAAUUGGCUGUGGGGGUGAGAGUGCCACUGACUUGGUGAUCAGCAAUAACUCUGGCRUGCUGAAGCAGGGCCAGCAAAGACCUGUUGGAGUUAGUCUGUACAGAGACAUGGUUCAGUUUAUAGUAACCAGCACUGGCUUCACCACAGUGCUUUGUUUUCCCAGUGAAGACUUGUCAUUGGCAUCCACUCUUUACAACUUUGGACCUGCUAUCGAUGAAUUGUUCAUUGCUGUUGCAUUUGCACUUCUGAAACUGGCAAAACUGAAGGGGGUUCUAUUCAGCUCCAUCCUGUGAGAUGUGUAAAGAGCGAGCUCUUCUCUGGGAAAAGUUCAGCCAUGUAGUCAAAAUGAGAGAAACAGUUCAAGAUUAUAACAGGACUUGAUAUAUUGAAUAUCUGUUCAAAGGAAUAAAUGAGAGGGUUAUUGAUGUAAGUUUAAAAAUGUAAUUAGAAAAUGCAGUCUGUGUAGAUGUUUUUUGAUAUGUUUAUUGCCAAUAAUUGACACUUUGGAAGAAAAGCAGAUGCUAGUAUAAAAAGGAUCAGAUGUUUUAAGUGAGUCUCUUCUAAAGAUUUUUUUUCAGUCUUCCUUCUAACUUGCCAGUGCAGUGCUUGGUUCCUCCAAAAGAAAUAAUAUCUGCAAUAUCAGAGUGAUAGGACUUUUUAAGUGUUUCCUGAUAAUUAGUUCUGCAAUUCUCAUCCUACAGAGUGAGGGACUGUCUCAUGACAACAGAAACACAGGACAAUUAACUUGGCUCAUCCUGAUGUAACUGAAGGAUUGUUAAGCAAACAAAGGCAAGAAUUGAUGAAUCUUUCAGACUUUUUACAGAAUAAAAGAUAGCUUUUAGAUAAAAGUAGCACUUAGGAAUGAGGAAAACAUGCUUGCUUUAAAAAAAAAAAAAAGCAUUUUUCAUGACCUUUAGCUGGCAUCUGGAUUAAUUCUUUGACUUCAUCUUUAUCUUUAAUUCAGUAGGUAAUUACAUAUUUCAAACUUGGUACAUCUUACUGACUUAAAAUGUCAUUGGAGCCUGAAGUUCUUAAGCCUUCUAACAGGUGAUAGGGGCAUCUUUCCAUGUGCAUUUCCCACGGACUGGCUGUGUGUCACCUGCAUGCUGUAGUUCCAUCUCUUUCAAAAUUGUGUGUUCUGCAAUUAAAUUGUGCUGCUGCAGUUAAGUAUGAACUUGGAAGCAGCAUGGCUGGAAAAAUAGUAAAAGAUGAAAUGGCUGGAAUGGUAUAAAAAUCAGAGCAAUCAAACCUCUAUUUACAUUGCAUAAAAGACAAAUACUGAAGCUAAAAGAGUAAAAACAGAUGGGAAAGAAUGCAAGAGGAGCAAGAAGAAACAGGGAGAAGUGUUUGAUGCUGCUGAUUCUGUGGGGGAGAGUAUGCCUGCCUUGAUAUUAAGGAAGGCAAUGUUGUUACCCAUCUGUGAAGGUACAGAGACUCUUGCCAUUGAAAAUACAAAGAAGAAAUGCAGAUUUAGSAUAUUUAUUUAGGCAGCUGCAUUUUCUAAAUUGUUCCAAGACCUCCUGUGCUGGAUUUUUAGUUUUGCGAUCUUAAUGUCACCACAGUUGACACUAAGUUAAAGCUGAGCAACAAGCUCUGYUACACUCAAGUGAAACUUGCAGCUUUGGGAGGAGGUGGAAGCCAAGUUCUUGAUAUACAUAUAAAGGAAUCUUUCUAUUGUCUUAAAUUAUGUUAACAAUCUAAUACUCUGGUCACAAAUUUUACAAGUUUUUGGAUUUUUUUUUUAAAUUAGUCAAAAGGCAUUUGGUUGCCUCUGUUAUAUUUCUGGCAUCUUUGGUGCCUUUGGUUGCUUCUGCCUUAAACUACCUGGCUGAUCAGAGUGUGGUGCUUAUUUUCUUCAGUUGGCGACUAUGAAAUCCUCACCUAGCAUUUCUUGUGAGGUCAUCCAUUUCAGGAAAAAUGUAGCUCUCUUCUAGUGAAGGAAUAAUGAUUUUUUUGCUUUAGUUGAGUUUACAGCAUUUCUGUAAAUACUUUUUAAGAGCAUCUGUACAUUUUGUUAAUCUAGAAUAUUCAUGGGCUGGAGGAAUGCAAGACAGCCACUUCGUAACAUUUCUGCUCUUCAACUGACAGCUAAUCUCUGUCCUGAAGACCCCCCUUUGGCAGCUGGAAGUUAGGGAAGCAGAGAUUAUUAAGUAUUUUUUUUUAACUUGAGUAAAUACUUGUUUUCUUAACCUGUAAACUUCUUCCAAAUAUCUAGAUCUUUUCCAGUAAGCCCUUCAUAUAUACGUUCUCCGAUUUGUUGUAGAAUAUGUAUUAAGACCUAUGAAUUUGUUUUAUGUAGGAAGUCUUAUCGUUAAUAUUUUCAGUAGUGAUGUGAAAGCCUGAGUGCUACUGUCAUCUUUUU